CCUGGCUGCAGCAGACCAUGCAAUGAACCAUGCCCCGCCCUGGACAUCCCCGCCCAUCAUCUGGGCCUCCACGCUUGGGACCCUGGGAACAGCCAGCAGAGCUAUGUCUGGAGACGUAUGACAAGCCACCCCAGCCCCCACCAAGCCGCCGCACUCGUAGGCCAGACCCCAAGGACCCUGGUCACCAUGGGCCAGAGAGCAUUACCUUCAUCUCUGGCUCUGCUGAGCCGGCCACUGAGCCCCCCACCUGCUGCCUGCUAUGGCGACCCUGGGUGUGGGACUGGUGCAGGGCUGCCUUCUGCUUCCGCCGCUGCCGGGAUUGUCUUCAGCGCUGCGGAGCCUGUGUGCGGGGCUGCAGCCCCUGCUUGUCUGCUGGGGACUCUACUGAAGGGGCUGCUGAAGCCAGCUGGGCCAAGGAGCACAAUGGAGUGCCCCCCAGCCCCGACCGUGCACCCCCCAGCCGGCGGGAUGGCCAGCGGCUCAAGUCAACCAUGGGCAGCAGCUUUAGCUACCCUGACGUCAAGCUCAAAGGCAUCCCUGUAUAUCCCUACCGCACCACCACCACCUCCCCAGCCCCUGACGCGGACUCCUGCUGCAAGGAGCCACUGGCCGAGCCCCCACCCACACGGCACAGCCUCCCGAGCACCUUUGCCAGCAGUCCCCGUGGCUCUGAGGAGUACUACUCCUUCCAUGAGUCGGACCUGGACCUGCCCGAGAUGGGCAGCGGCUCCAUGUCGAGCCGAGAGAUCGAUGUGCUCAUCUUCAAGAAGCUGACGGAGCUGUUCAGUGUACACCAGAUUGAUGAGCUGGCCAAGUGCACAUCAGACACUGUGUUCCUAGAGAAGACCAGUAAGAUCUCGGACCUCAUCAGCAGCAUCACGCAGGACUAUCACCUGGACGAGCAAGAUGCUGAAGGCCGCCUGGUACGCGGCAUCAUUCGCAUCAGUACCCGAAAGAGCCGUGCCCGCCCACAGACCUCAGAGGGACGUUCGACUCGGGCUGCUGCUGCCCCUGACAGUGGCCAUGAGACCAUGGUGGGCUCAGGUCUCAGCCAGGAUGAACUGACAGUGCAGAUCUCCCAGGAGACGACAGCGGAUGCCAUCGCCCGGAAGCUGAGGCCUUACGGAGCCCCAGGGUACCCAGCCAGCCACGACUCAUCCUUCCAGGGCACCGACACAGACUCGUCAGGGGCACCCCUGCUCCAGGUGUACUGCUAACCCCCACCAGGCCCAGCAUCCACAACCCCUUCUGGGAGAAGCACAGCCUGCAGAAUGAAGAGGGGGACCAGGAACCCAUUCGGGGAGGCUGACCAUGAGCCCAGAAGCACUGCCCACUCUGGUUCCUCCUGCCUUGGCUGACUGGCUCCUGGACCACGUGCAUUUCACUGGGCCUUAAUGUCCAUGUCUCCUUCUUCCCCAGCGGCCUGACCCCUGCCUGGGCCUGUUCCUUCCUGCCCAUGGUCUUCAGGUGGCGUGAUCAUGGGAAGCAAGGACUUAGGAAUUACCUCCUGGGACUGAAUCCUGACUCCAUCCCUGUAACAUAACACUAACCAACCAUGCAGACUUCACCCUCCUUGGGCUAUCCAACAGUUAAAAGAAGUUUGUCUUAAAUGUGUUGGAUUGGGAAGCGGGCAGUGCCCAACUCUGUUCUGUUCUGUUGAGCAGUUUGUUCUUGUUCUUGGCUGAUGUUCCAUGUUAACAUGACCAUAGUUUGUAAGCACAAAGGUAA